UCUGAAGUCUAAACCCAUUGCCGCCAUAGCCGUAGCUCGCACAUCCGAAACAAAACCCUAAACCCUAACCACUAUUUCUCUCCAGCGCUUUUGCUUAAGAUAAAGUGGGAACCUCAACUGCUCUCCCAUUCUGCUAAUUCCAACAAGUGCUUUUCUCUGCUAGGGUUUUCUUUCUCAAGCAGCCAUGGCUUUAGAUAGCACCGGCACUGAUCAGUCGCACAAGGCUCAUCGAUCUCGCCAGGCCGGUCCCAAGAAGAAGGCAAAAUCCGAUAAGAAGAAAAAGAAAAAUAUUUCCGAGAACGACAAGAAACAAAACCCUAAGGCAUUUGCUUUUAGUUCGUCGGUGAAGGCGAAGCGAUUACAGUCGCGGUCGGUCGAGAAAGAGCAGCGAAGGCUUCACGUGCCGGUGAUCGAUCGCUCUUACGGUGAACCAGCGCCAUUUGUUGUUGUGGUGCAUGGACCUCCCAAGGUUGGGAAGUCGCUUCUAAUAAAGUCUCUUAUAAAGCAUUAUACAAAACAUAACAUGCCUGAGGUUCGAGGCCCAAUUACCAUUGUAUCAGGUAAGCAAAGGCGGGUACAGUUUGUGGAGUGCCCGAACGAUAUCAAUGGCAUGAUUGAUGCAGCGAAGUUUGCCGAUCUGGCUUUGCUUCUUAUAGAUGGAAGUUAUGGUUUCGAAAUGGAAACUUUUGAAUUCCUGAAUAUAUUACAAGUUCAUGGGUUCCCAAAGGUUAUGGGAGUUCUCACUCAUCUUGAUAAGUUCAUGGAUGCAAAGAAACUGAAGAAAACAAAACAGCGUCUCAAGCAUCGUUUCUGGACUGAAAUAUAUGAUGGAGCAAAAUUGUUUUAUUUAUCUGGACUAAUUAAUGGAAAGUAUCCAAAGCGUGAAAUUCACAAUCUUGCACGGUUUAUCUCUGUAAUGAAAUUUCAUCCUUUGUCUUGGCGAGCUUCUCAUCCUUAUAUUUUGGUAGAUCGUUUUGAAGAUGUUACUCCUCCUGAGCAAGUGCGUAUGAAUAAAAAAUGUGAUAGAAAUGUCACUCUUUAUGGUUAUUUGCGAGGUUGUAAUAUGAAGAAGGGAACUAAGGUGCAUAUUGCUGGUGUGGGUGAUUUCAGUGUAGCUGGUGUUACAGGGUUAGCUGAUCCUUGUCCUUUACCAUCAGCUGCAAAAAAGAAAGGGUUGCGUGAUAAAGAAAAAUUGUUUUAUGCACCAAUGUCUGGACUUGGGGAUCUUCUCUAUGACAAGGAUGCUGUCUAUAUAAACAUAAAUGACCACUUUGUUCAGUUUUCUAAAGUUGAUGAUGAAAAUGGGGGAUUGAAAGACAAAGGAAAGGACCGAGAUGUGGGUGAGGUUUUGGUGAAAUCUCUUCAGAACACAAAAUACUCAAUUGACGAGAAGUUAGAAAAGAGCUUCAUUAGCCUUUUUGGCCGAAAGCCUAAUAUGUUGUCAGAGGCUCAAAAUGAUGCAAAAGAUGAUCAUGUAACUGUAGAGCAGGUUCAUGAAAUAGAGCCUUCAGAAAGAGAUCAUUCUGCGGAAGAAAUUGAAGUUGAUGAAUCUGAUGAAGAAAGUGAUGGCGAUGAUGUGGAUGGUUUGAAAUCUUCAGAUCAAGAUGAAGCCAUCCAGAAAGAUGCAAUAAUAAAAAGCGAAGGUAGUGGUUCCAAAGAAGAGAAUGCCUAUGCAUUAAAGCAGCAAUCUCGUCUUAAAAAUCACUUGCAGGAACAUGUUGAGUACCAUGGUGGAAGAUUAAGGCGAAAAGCUUUCUUUGGAAACGAUGUUGAUCAUGACGAUUUGAAGGACUCGGACAAGGAGAAUGAAGUUAGUGGCGAUGAUGCAGAUAAUCAGACAUCCUCUGGUUCAGAUUUUUCAGAAGAAGAUGGAGAGGUUCAUGAAACAGAUGAAGAUGACAUGGGAAACAUUGCAAAGUGGAAAGAGUCUUUGAUGGAAAGGACCGUCUUGAGGCAAAACACUAAUCUUAUGCAACUUGUAUAUGGGAAAACUACAUCAACAUCUACUACAACACUGAAUGAAGCACAGGAUAGUAGUGAUGAUGAAGAAAGUGAUGGAGAAGACUUCUUUAAGCCUAAAGGAGAAGGGAAAAAGAAUCUAAAAGAAGGAUUUGAUGACGGAAAUGUGAAUGCUGAGGACUGUUCCAAAUUCACCAAUUAUGAAAAUCUGAAAAACUGGAAAGAGGAAGAGCUUAUUCAGAGUAUUCGUGACCGUUUUGUAACUGGUGACUGGGAAAAAGCUAAAAGUGGAAAUGAAAUCCCGGAAGCCAACACUGAAGAUGAUGAUGCUGUCUAUGGCGAAGAUUUAGAAGGGGGGGAAUACAAGAGGCAUCAGACAGAUGAUAUUGGCAAUGGUGCAAUCCAAAAGGAAGAUGACUCGGCAGCUGAGGAGCGAAGGCUUAAGAAGCUUGCUCUCCGCGCAAAGUUUGACGCACAAUUUGAUGGAUCUGACUCACUAGAUGAGGAAGAUGAUAAAAAGGAUGGAGCCAAGUUUCAUCGAAGUCAAGCUAAUGAAAGUAGUUAUUUUGACAAGUUGAAGGAGGAGAUGGAACUCCGCAAACAAUUGAAUAUAUCUGAACUCAAUGAUCUUGAUGAGUCCACGCGAAUAGAGAUAGAGGGCUUUCGGACGGGAACUUACCUGAGAUUGGAGGUUCACGAUGUUCCUUUUGAGAUGGUUGACUAUUUUGAUCCGUGCCAUCCUAUUUUGGUUGGAGGCAUUGGUCUUGGGGAGGAAAAUGUUGGAUACAUGCAGGCUAGGUUAAAGCGGCACAGAUGGCACAAGAAAGUCCUGAAGAAUAGAGAUCCCAUAAUUGUUUCAAUUGGAUGGAGGCGUUACCAAACGAUGCCUAUUUAUGCCACUGAGGAUCAGAAUGGAAGGCAUCGCAUGCUUAAGUACACUCAUGAACACAUGCAUUGCCUUGCCAUGUUCUGGGGCCCCCUUGCCCCUCCUAAUACUGGGGUGGUUGCUGUUCAGAAUCUAUCAAACAAUCAAUCUUCAUUUAGGAUUACUGCAACUGCAGUUGUGCUUGAGUUCAAUCAUGCUGCUCGGAUAGUUAAGAAAAUCAAGCUGGUUGGUUACCCCUGCAAGAUCUUCAAGAAGACAGCACUUAUCAAGGAUAUGUUUACUUCAGAUCUUGAAGUCGCUCGGUUUGAAGGUGCAUCUGUUCGAACUGUCAGUGGGAUCCGGGGCCAGCUUAAGAAGGCUGCAAAAGAAGAGAUUGGUAACCAACCAAAACAGAAGGGAGGACAACCUAGAGAAGGGAUUGUGAGGUGUACCUUUGAGGAUAAGAUCAAGAUGAGUGACAUUGUUUUCUUGCGUGCAUGGACUCAAGUCGAAGUUCCUCACUUUUACAAUCCAUUGUCGACGGCCUUACAACCUCGUGAUCAAACCUGGCAAGGAAUGAAAACCGUAGCUGAAUUGAGGAGAGAACACAAUCUUUCCAUUCCUAUUAAUAAGGAUUCACUCUACAAGCCAAUUGAAAGGAAGCCAAAGACGUACAACCCCUUGGUGGUUCCCAAGCAAUUGCGGGCAGCUCUCCCAUUUGCAUCAAAGCCCAAGGAUAUACCUAGUCGGAAACGGCCACUUCUUGAAAAUAGAAGACCGGCUGUUGUCAUGGAGCCCCACGAGCGAAAAGUCCAUGCUCUUGUUCAACAUCUUCAGUUGAUUAGAAAUGAGAAGAUGAAGAAGCGAAAGCUUAAGGAAGAGAAGAAGAAGAAAGAAGUUGAGGUGGAAAGAACCAAAGAUGAGCUGUUGUCAAAAAAGCGCCGGAGAGAAGAAAGACGUGAGAGAUAUCGAGUGCAAGAUAAACUAAAGAAGAAGAUUCGGAGAAGUGAGUAGGCCUGAUGGUCUCUUUGCAGAAAUGGUUCAUAGAGCAUUUGUGUUGGGCCGCUGGCAAAUCAGGUUUAUGUUGUCCCAAAAGUAUAAAGCAUGCUGCAUCUGACGUGCAUAACUUAUCUCAAGACAGCCUUCACAUCUAUCUCGCUUGAAACUCGGUGGUGUCUCAACACGGGACGAUCCUGGUUAGCAAUUUUGGCAGGCCACAAGCAAAGGAAAAGUGCUCACUUCCUCAGGACUUUCUGUUGCUGUUGUGGUUGGUUCUAUUGUUUAAUUACCUGUGAUGUUUAUAAUUUGUUUCAAGCUUCUGAGUACAUCUUAUAGUAAUUGCAAACACAGCCAAUUGGUUUGUACUUCGGACAGUCGCUUUUGGGAAGUUGCAAGAGUUUUACAAACUCUAGUUGGAAGCAUUAUCAUAAAUUAAACAGCUGCAAAAUUGCUGCUA